AUGCAGGAUUACCCCAUUUUCUUGACGGGGAACCCUCCAGACCUGGUCCGGCUCGCGAUUGAGUUUGGACAUGUUCCGUUCGUGGACCAUUUGCUUUAUCGAGGGUUCCGGCCGCGUGAUCUUCCAGAGUACUUUUCGUUAAUUCCUUUCAUCACCCCCCCGGCCAGUGAGGAUUCUCUUUCAGCAUCGUUGUCAGCGACGGCUCUGAAUAAUUUGUCAACGGCUAGGAGGCGCAGGAAUACUGAUGCUGGUAUGGGUGACGGCGACCAAGGUACAUCCACUGCUUUCGCUGCCACAGCAGAUCUACAAGGGGCCAGCAGCAGCAGACGAGAGUCCAAAGACAAAAACGAGCAACAGAACCGCGACACUACGCUGUUGAAGCGAUCACUAGAGCUGAACCAGAUCUGGGAAUGUAUGCGACUGGCGAGUCAGGAGCUCAUGGAUGCCUGCUCACGAGCUGACUUCGAUGCGGUUCUGAAGAUUCUCGAUUCGACACUCGUCAAGCCUCGCCUCUCGCUUGAAGAGUCUGCAGCUCAAGACGCAGCGCUAGCUGCAGCUCGGGAUAUCGGUGAUGACGAGGUUGAGAACCUGACAGAAUCAACAGGAGAAGGGGUAGAUCGGCAUGGGAAACGGAGUCAGUCAGGUCUUGACCCAGUUCAAAGUCGUCAUGAUUCGAUCGGGACGGGCUCGGAGGACAGGUUCUUGGAUGACGAUUUGAUGAUGACGGCGACGACACAGGAGAUGAGAGGCGCUGGUGUGGGAACUUCUUCUUCUCAUCGGGCUUCUGCUGUUUCAGUCCCUUCACGGGAUCGUACCCUCGAAUGCAACGAAGGAGUGCCGUCAGUGAUCCACAGGCCAAGCCUAUUCCGCCAACGCUCACGCGCCAGCAGCGAUGGCGGAUGUGCCAGCAGCGACAGCAAUUACGACAACCAAUCCCAGUACCAGUACCAGUCCCUGCAGCAUCCAGUCUCAGACGCACUCUCAGGAUCCGACAAUACUACUAACAAAGACGACGACAUGGAACCUCCGCCCCACAUGCCCUGGAUCGACGGCCGUGCCCUCACAAGUGCACUGCUAGCAGUAUGCUUCCGACGCGAUGGCUACGAGUCCCCAGAGGCAGAGCUGGACGAAGAACUUCGAGCGUUGCCCAUUGUGAGGGAGUUGUUAAAGUAUGAUUGUAUGCUGACUGCUCAGUCAUUGGGACAGGCAGUGUUGGCUGUUGCGUAUUCCCGGUCGGCAGGGUCUUUGAAACGCGCGCGUGAGCAAAGGCUAUUGUGGCGGAGACAGAGACUGUACCCACAUCGGCGACAGGAUCAGAGUGUUAGUGGGUCGAGUUCUCAUAGUCGACGGGAUUCUAUCGCGCAGGGCGUCGCUGGCUCUGAUGCAUCAGGAGCUGUGGCGGGGGUAGGAGCAUCAGGCACUGGGGAUAUGGGAGUUCAAAGAGUUGGACUGACAGAGAGUGUCAUGGAUCUGUUGCUGGAGCGGAUCGGUCCUCGAGAAUGGCUCAAGCUGAUAAAAUGCUACCUCCAGCGGCAGGAGUUUGAUGACCUGGCGGUUGUGCUCGAACGCUGCCCGUUCAAAGGCCCUCAACUCGAAACAAGGAACAAGGAUCAACAGCAGGACAAGAACCAAAAACAACGUCCGUACAGUGGCCCCGGCGGUAUCAGUUUUGGUCGUGCAGGAGCAGGGGGAGGAUACAGUAACACCAUUACCGGAACAGGAGGAGGGAGUCUUUUGAGUCCCCAACAGGGCGAAUACGACCGCCAAAGGGUUCGGGAGAUGAUCUGUCGCGAGACCGGGAUCUGUGGUGUGGGUACACGAAUCGGGCACUUUAACGGUCGCGGGGCCGGCCAGGCGUCUUACAACGUCUCGUCGACACUGUACGAGGCCAGUCGCAUCUUGUUCACGGGUAGCGGGACGAGGUUCAGUCACAGUUACAUGUUGCCGAGGGGUGGGUUCCGAGGGAUUGGUGGGAAUAGUAGUGGACAUACAGGGUCGCCGAGUAACAGCACUGCGCCGCAGGUUGCGGGAACUGCAGAGUCUUUGCAUGCGGCGGAUGAUCAGGAGGUACCUGUAUCUCAUCUGGCUGCGACGGCGGUUACAGAGUCGAACCAGACCCCUCUCAGUUCGAGUCAGCAGCAAAGUCCUCUUCAGACGAAUUCACAGGACCAGGAUCGCCGACCUCCACAGUUCCGAACCAUGCACUACGAAGUAAACGACAACUACGACAACCCCGACACCGACGAAUCAAGCAACAACAGCGACGAUGACCUAUACGACGACGAAGAAGACCCAGAAUCUAAUAUUGAACAAUUCGACUCCAGUUUCGCAUUCGGCGGCGUCGGAAGCAGCACCACCUCCAGUUCUCGUCCUGGCCCUGGUAUCGUUGGCAUUGCGAUUCAAGUCCAAGCACCCGAACAUAUCUUGAACGCGCUGUUGAAGAUGGGGUUCCGGUUCUUUAGUAUCUGUGACCUUUCGAUUUCUGAUAAUAGUCACCCGCUUGCGUUGCAGUUCCGGCAGCAGGAGAAGAUGAACAGGCAGUUGAUCGAGUUCUGUAUGGUCCCAAAUCUGGAGCGGCUUAGUGAUGUUGGUGGUGACGCUGAGGGGUCGGGCGGUGGGAAGGUAGGAAAGAAAGGGAAGGGGAGGAAGUUUGACAAGCGGAAUGGUUCGAGGUAUGAUGAGGCUGAUCGUGAGGCUCAUGCACUGGUGGUUCAGGCGUUCUUGUACCCUGGGGCCAACAACCCGACGCGAGGUUGGUCGUCCAUUCCAGCUCUGCCUGCUAUGAUGUCUAGUAUCAGUCAGAGGAUUCGCACGGUGUCUGGAGGAUACCUAUCCCCACCCUCGCCAUCCUCCUCCAUGCCGGCAGCAGCCGUUGCCCUUCCCGUGUCAACGCCUCCUUCUCCAUCAGCUGCCGCUACGCCCCAGUCAACACCAGCUCCAGCACCAGCACUAGCGCCAGCAUCAGCUACAUCUAAUGCUGGACCAUCUAUGCUGACGCCUUCAAACCGCUUGCAGUUUGUUCUCCCGCCCAUGCAACUCGGAGACUCUUUCGAAUCCACAUCCACCGUCGCCAAAUUCGCCGACCAGCAGAACCCAGACCUCGACUUUUCAUCGUCAAGUCUCACCGCUCCAUCUAUCUCCACCAAUCCCACAACCGCCAUCAACGAUUUCAACGACGACUCGCCUUCACAGUCAACACUCACGCCACAAAGAUACCAUCAAAGCGGAUUCGCGACCUCAAUGCCCCUCCCGAUCCGAACCUCCAUGGUCGAAAAACGACUCUCUGCCGGAUCCACGUUCUUUGCCGCCCACAACAACAAUAUCAACUCCAACAGUAGCAGUAGUGCAGGAUACCACCUUCCUCACAGUCCCAACUCUUCAACCUCUCUCGCAGCCGCGGCGAUCCAUUUCGCGAACCAGCAACGGAUGCUACUGGAGGCUACUCGUCGGCGCGUCCGGGAGACUCUGCGGUCUGAUUAUAUGGAUCUGAUGACUGUCGGGAUCUGUCUCUACCAGGCCUGUUACCAUGAGAAGGAGACGUUGCUUAUGGUUCUGUUGGAGCAUCGGUUGUUGAUUGCGCAGGAUGCGUUGACGGGUGCGGUGCAGGUUGCAGCGUCAGUGGGGUGGAAGCGGGGAUUGGAGUUGCUGUUGGUUCAGUGUGGGGAUAUGGAAGCUGAAAUUGAGCCCGUGGUGACAACGACGAGUGAGUAUGUUCAUCUAGGAACAUCGAUGAAGUGGGAUCAUGCGACGGCUGUGCAGGUGUUCCCUAAUGGGGGACGAGAACCUGGUUCUGCAGGAUCAGGCGGCCGCAGUAGCAUUCCAGGUAGUCUUGGUGCACGACGAGGGGCGAGAGUUGCAGCUGCUGGAGGGCUUGAAGGGUUGGUGACUCGUGGAUUGCGCCGUCAUCGGAGUGAUGGCAGUCGUUUGAGCCGGUUUGGCGAAGGGUUCUUUGGAAGUGGCGCAGGAGGUCCGUCGUACACAGCUGGGGAUGUCGCUGAACGACCAGUCGCCCUGAACCGCCGUGCGAGUUUUGAGCUUUCUCGCUUGCCCAUCUUUCAGUCAGGUGUGUUCUCGACUUCUCCGACAUCAGAAAGUCCAACAGCACCCGUACACGUCCCUCUGCUGGAACCUGUCAUCCCCUCACCCAGGUCCUCGUCACUGCGGUCAAAACUGUCAUCCCUUAUCCCUAACUUGGCCAUCGCUUCUGGAUCCACCACCGACCUAUCCCAAAAACCCAUCUCCAAGAACAAACAACAACCACCAACACAACAACGUCCGAACUCCACCUCCACCUUAUUCGCCAAAGCAGUUCAUCGACCAGACCAGCCACCCACAAUCCUAAUGCUCUCAACUUCUGGACUCUGGUCCCUUCCAACAGUGAUGAUGCAGCGCAAGAGCAGGAACGCCGUCGUGGCAUUGAUGGCAGCGUGUACUAGGAACGAUCCAGCGCUAGUUACAUGGCUGAUCGAGACGUUUGCAGACAUCAAGGUUGUUCAUAUCAUGCAGGCGCUCAUGAUUGCCUGUGACCGUGGGCUGUUGCGAGUUGUUAAGGCUCUCCUUGGUGGUCCACUGGACGCUGUCGGCGAUGGGCGCGAGGGCGGUUCUGGGAAGAAGAAGGCGUCGCUUGGCAAGAAGAAGAAGGAUGCUACUGCGGCUGCCGGGUCUUCGCGAUCGUUGUUUCGGAGAUGGUUGGCGUUCCAGUACCAACAGAUCCUCGACAUGACCCAACAGCCAGUUCCAAUUUCAUCCUACUCGACAACAAAACCACCAGCAGGGCCCGGAGUCGCCGAACAAGGUAACGAGAAGUACGAUGAGACAGCAGCCCCUACAGUCAACAGGGCCGACCCUGAAAGCGACAGCUCCGAUUUGCCACGGUUCGAUUCUUUCCCAUUCGUGUUCUUGAUGGAAUCUUCGCCUAUAUUCCGACACUACUACCAGACCCUCAACACCCUCUCGUCGUGUCAGUUCAUGCUGAAGCGGAGUGGUGUUCAUCCUGUAAGUGGUACCCGUACUACCGCCGCCACCGCCGCCGCCUCUGCCGGCUCCCCUCCUAGUUUGUAUGGCACUCAACAGCAGCAACCGCAGUCUUCAGCACCCGAACACGACGGCGAAAACUGCAACCCUCCAGGAUUCAGUAACUCAGAUCCUACAGCAACAGAGGCAGGAUCAACAGCAACAACCCUCCCACCCAUGGCCCCCCUCCAACGCCGCGCUUCCGCAUCCGCAUCUACAUCCUUCCAACCUCCCUCCCCUCCUCAACCACCAAAACACACCCCCGCCUCGCAAAAUCGCCCAACCCAAGUACCACCACAAGACAUCAAACUUGAAAUCAUCCGCCUAAUGCUCGCACCCGUCCUCGAAACCCUCGGCCCAAUAUCGGUCCGCAAGGCAUUGGACAGGUUACCGAAGGACAGUUGGUGGCCGUUGGAUCAUGAUGUGCGGACGAUGGUUGAUCAGGAGGCGAGGAAAGAUAUGGUUGCUGUUGUUAUGGCCAUGAAGAGGCGGCAGAAACAGAAACAGGAGCGGGAGUUGCGUGUUUUGAGGGCGAUGCGGCAGCGCGCAGAAGCGAUGGAUGCUGACGCAGAAGCUGAGGAGAUGAGUAGUGAAGGUGAAGGUGUUGGAGGUGUGGUGGAGGCAACACAGGGCAGGCGUGUGCGACAGGAGAGUAGUAGGGCGGCGGUGGCGGCCGACCUCCAGCAGCUUUCUGAACAGAAGAGAAAAGAGCAGAGGUGGAAAGGUAAAGCCAAGCAAGAUGCAGCACAUCAAGGAGAGGAGGAGGAAGAAGGAAAAAAAGGAUUAGUAGGCGAUAGGUGGCAUAAGGCUUCUGGACCCUUCCGACGUGUGCGCAAAUGGGUUGUUGAGCGCAAGAAGAAAUCAGCCACCAAGGACCAUCUGGAAGUGGCGUCGGAAGGAGGCAGUAGUGGGCAGGGUACUGAAAAGGCGUGUCCGUAUGACCUUACUUCGACGCGACACCUCACCGUUGCCUCCACUUAA